AUGAGUUGGGGGAAUCAAUCUAUAUGUGAUUUACUUGAAGUUGAAAGUGGUCAAAAACUGAUUGAUUAUUUCGCUUUGUUUUGGAAGGGAAAUGAUAAGGUGAUCCUACAGUGCACCUCUGACCGUUUUGCCCUUGGCAUUCGCUCGAAGACUGACCUUAAUGAUUCUCCUGAGGGAUACGAAUAUGUUCAGAACGGAACGAAGGAAGCGAAUGACUUGAUGGAUAAUGUUUCAUUCAUCAGACCCUUGAAGGGUACAGCCUGUGAGGAUGGUAAUGAGAGUUUGAUGCCUGGCAGUCUUUUCGGACGAGAUUCACGGUGUUUGAAUGUGAAAGAACCGGCGGAGUUCAAGGAGAAUAAAGGGGAUACAGGAAGUGGAGUGAAGGUUUAUGGCAUUUGUGCAAAAGUGAAGUGUGAGAGUGGUAAUAAGGUGAGUGUACUACUAAAAGGUGAGAAUGAGAAGGAGAGUUGGCAUGAUUGCAGCGAUGGCAAGAAAACUUUUGAUGUUGUGGCUGGUUCAGUGUUCAUUGGUGGAAAAAUUGAGUGCCCCAAAUACGAAGAAGUGUGCAUUGGGUUGCUGGAAGAUGAACCUCCUACCGACAUUAAGUUUUACGAUGGCAACAAAGUUACUAACGGGUACGAAGGUGAUGUGAUUAUUGUGAAGGAAGAAAAAGAGGAAGGAAAUGAUCAGAACAGCAGUUCGGCUUCUGCGGGUUCAGUGGGCAGCAGUGGAAGUCAUGAUACUGCUGCUGCUGCUGCUACUACUACUUCUCAAUCCUCAUCUAAUCCCAAUGGGACAAACUUAACUGAGGGCCAAAUGAAAGAAAAACCAAAUCAUACGAAUGAUGCGAGACGUCCUGACAGCAGCAUCAUGGUCAUCUCCUACAUGGCCCCUCUUGCACUUCUUAUGUGUGUUGUUGGUUUUGUGAUGGUUCCAUGA